UAUAAAGGAGUUUUCUAGAUCUGCCCUGCGUGCGGUGUUUUGGUGUCGGUUUAUUUAUUUCCUCUGCUUUUCCUUUCCUUCAACCUUUCUCUCCAAAUCUCUCCUCAGUCACAAUUCACUGUCUCUCACUUUCCCUUCUUCGCCCCUUUUGCAUGUCACCCCUUUUACUUUUUUAGGUUACCCACAACUUAAAACCCUCCCUACAGUCUCUCAUUUCCUUUCUUCUUCUUCUUCUUCUUCUUCUUCAUUGCUUUGAUCUCUUAAAUCUUUUUGUUUUUCUUAUACAAACUAGCUUUAUUUUCACUACUCAUUUUUUGUUUCUGUGUUUCAAAACUUGGGUUGGUUUCAGAUCCUCAAAAUUUGAAGUAAAAAAUGUUGGAUCCAAGUGAAAAAGGAUCAAGUUCUGAAGAUCAAACCAAGAAAUCGCCAGAAUGGAUUUCACCAAAAGGAAGUCCAAAUCAAAGCAUUGAAACCAAGAAAGUUUGUGCUGAUUGUGGUACCUCUAAAACCCCUCUUUGGAGAGGUGGCCCAGCUGGUCCCAAGUCUCUAUGUAAUGCAUGUGGGAUCAGAAGCAGGAAAAAGAGAAGAGCAAUUCUGGGCUUAAACAAAGGAGAAGACAAGAAAUCAAAGAAAGGGAAUAUCAAUGGAAACAGCUACAACAGAAAAAGUAGUUCAAGCAACACCAAAAAUUUAGGGGAUAAUUUGAAGCAAAGAUUAUUAUCUUUAGGAAAAGAAGUUUUGAUGCAAAGAUCGAAGGUUGAAAAGCAAAGAAGCAAGUUAGGAGAAGAAGAACAAGCUGCUGUUCUUUUAAUGGCUCUUUCUUAUGGCUCUGUUUAUGCUUAGCGUUUUCCUUUUUUUUUUAAUUUAAAAAUAUAUAUUUAGAACAGAAAUAAUAGGAUCUUUAAUGGGUAUCUAACCAUUUUGAAAUGUAAUCUUUGGUUAAUUUGUAGUUUUCUUUUUAGUGCUAACUUUAUUGUUAAUUGUGGGUGUUUGGAGAGAAGGAUUUUAAGGAAGGGAAGUGUAAGAAAAUGGAGGUUUUAUUCUAUUUUUCUUGAAUCAACUUGUAUUAGUUAUUUGA